AUGAUGGCUCACGCGAGCGAUUCGGAGCGACGGCAGCUGGAGUCGUUUUACCCUGAACUUCGGAGCGGCACGGACGACUUUGAUGAGGUCGCAAUGGACGGCGAUGAUUUGGCCACGAUCGACUUGGACGACCCUCCACUGUUCUUCCUCCACGUCGGUCGCGACUGGCUUGAAGCUGACGUCACCACGUCUACUAACAGCAUCGAUUUCGGCCUUAUAGGCUGUCAGCUCUCUUCCGCUGAUUUCGUCGGCUUGCGCGAGGUACCGCAUGCAGCGGCCUCCGCAGAUCUUCCCUCCGCGGAUCUUCAUCUCCAGCCGCCGACUUCCGCCGCCAAAUCCGCUUCCGCCGCAGCCGCCGCCGCCGCCGCCGCUUCGCGACGCCCGCGUGCCUUUUUAUCGUCGCUGCUCGUGCCCUCCGCUAAACUCGCUGGCGGCGCAGCGACGCGCAAGUCCGCGUCGGGAUCCGCUGCUGCCGCCUUGGCUGGCGGAACGAACGGCGUGGCGCGCACGCGGCACAGCGUGCCGGAUGGGGGUGAACGGCACGGCGCGCGGGAUACAGGGCGGGCGCAGGAGACAGGGGAGGGUAAUGGCGUGGCACUGAACGGGGGAAAAGGGGGUUUCGGUGGAGGGGAAGAGCAGAGCCAGGGGAGGCGGGGGACCUGGUCGUGCGGAGAGAACCAGGGGCAGCGCGGGAAGGUGGGAGGCGGAUGGGCGGAACGGGGCCUGCGCACGUGGGAGAUACUGUGGAAGGACAGCCGGUACAAGGCGAUAGAGAGCAAGAUAAGCGAGUGGGCAGCAGCGGCGCACAGCACGGCCAUCAUGAUCGACGCCAGCAAAGCCGCCAUCCGCGCCCGCUCCUCCUCCUCCUCCUCCGCCUCCUCCCUCUCCUCCUCCUCUGCCCCUCACCGCCCCAGCACAGGCGGUACGGCAGUAACAGCAGGGCCAGCAGGCGCGAGCAGAGCACGAGUGGCAAACGGUGGCGCCACCAAGGGAAAAGGUUCAGGUUCCAGGGGUAUGCUACGGAGCCCGUCUGAUAGUGCAGUAUCAGAAAGGGGUGGAGUGGGCAUGCGUGCGGGAGCGUCACAAGAGGGGGUGGUGGGCGAGGCUGUGCCGAGUGGGGAGUCGACGGUGGGCGGGUGGGCUGUGUUCUACGGCUCCCUGCCUGCCAACGACGUUGCUGCCCUGCCAGCACACGCCGAGCAACCACGGGAUGCAGCAGAGGAGCAGGCCCAGGGUAGGGUUCGCGAGCAGAAGGACGAGAGGGCAGAGGAUGUGAGGGCGGGAGGGGAGGAGCCGCAAGCAGCAGCGGUGCAGGGUGUAGGGAGUGAGAGGGGCGAGAGGCCAUGUGGUGCUGGGGAACUGUUGGUGGAAGGAGGCGGUGCAGACAUGUCAGGUGGAGGGGUUGAGGAGCCGACCGUGUGUGAGGGAGAGAAGGCGGCGAAAGAGGUGGACUCGGGUGCGGUGCAAGGGAAUGGCAUGGCGGAGGAGGGGAUGAGGGGCAGUGAGCCGGCAAAGGGGGGCAGCAGUGCUGGUGAGGAGAUGGAGGGGGGCAAUGGGGUUGAGGUAGUGGCGAAGGAAGAGGAGGUCCGGGAGGUGGCAGAAGAAGGGGGGGAGGAGAAGGAAGAAGUGGAGGAAGAGGAAGAGGAUGAGGAGUGCAGUGUGAUUCGGUGGGGUUCAGUGGCUGUGGAGGGUCGGUUCCUCCCCUCUCGGGAUGCUCCUUCGCAGCUCUUAUCUGAUGGCAACUGCAAAGCGGUCAGUGCCUCUUCAUGCCUCCUGGCGUUCUCUCCCACCCUGCCCCAUCACAAUAACUUCAACCCGAGGGCCAAUCUGUCCACACCGCCCAGCCCAGCCUCUGCCUAUUCUCUGGCAGUGGCUCUGCCUGCUCGCCUGCGCACGGCCCGGUGGACGCUGCUGUACAGCACUGCCAGGGACGGCAUCAGUCUGGCCACGCUGUACCGCAAAGUGGCGAAGAAGGGGCCCUCGCUGCUCAUUGUGCGCGAUUCCCGCAAGCAUGUGUUUGGCUGCUUUACAUCAGAGGAAUGGAAGGCCUCUACUCGUUAUUAUGGCAACGGGGAGUGCUUCGCCUUCCAGGUGCGGCCUCGGCUGAUGGCUUUCCGGUGGACACGGGUGAACGCACUGUUCAUGCUCUCCAGUGCCAACUCCCUCGCUCUCGGUGGCGGGGAUCACUACAGCCUGCUGCUGCAGUCUGACCUGCUGUCAGGCUACAGUGGACCCUGUUCCACCUUUGGCAGCUGCUCCCUCUCAAGCACGGAGGACUUCAAUGUGACACAUGUGGAGGUGUGGGGCUUCAGAUGA